UGAUAUAGUUGAAAAUACAAGGCAGUCAUCCUAAGUUGAAGCAUAAAAUAAAGAAUUUAUGUCAGAUCAUUUAAUUGUAAAUUAAUAUUAAUUGUAUUUUAAUAUUAUGUUCUUAUUGAAAUUUUAUCGGAACAUGCCGUUUAUAUUCUAAAAGUAUUGCUAUAUAACAAUAUUAAAGAGAGAUAUGCGCAUGAUUUAUUUAUACAUUUAUAUCAUGCGUUUGUAUGUGUAGUUAAAAUAAUAUAUGUAUAUGUUUGUAAUACAAAAAUCAAAAAUCAAGUGAUCUUAAAAAUAAAACUGUAUAAAAGUUUAUUUUUUAUAUAAGUAAAAUUUUAUUAUACAAAUAAAAAAUUUAUUUUGCAAAAUUUAAAGCUUAAAAAAUAUAUUAUUUAAAUGUGUUAUUCAAGCUAAUUUUCUUAACUUAAAAAACAAAAAAAAAUGGUAAAAAGUUUUAUAAAUUUUAAUUUGUUUACAAAGUACACAUUAAUCGGAUUAGUAUUGCUAAGCUUUUUUGAAAAGAAUGUUUCAUGUGAUACAAUAUCAUUAAAUGGCAAUUUGGUGGAAUGUUAUAGAAGAGAAAAUUUAAAAGCAUUAGUUCCAAAUACAUUACAAGUUCUAUUAGAAAUCAUAAGAAAAUUAGAAAAUUCAUUGAAUACAGCUGGAGAUAUAAGAUUAUUAAGCGUGAAAUUACUUCAUCAUUUGCGAUUUGAUGGUAUGCAAAGAAAUUUGAAUGCAUCCGAAUCAGAAUUCGUUAUACCAUAUAGUCCGAAUGAUUUAUUAUCACAAAAGCAUUCAAUACUUUUAAAACUAAUUUCAAAUGUACCUGGAGAUUUAAAAUUUGAAGAAUAUUUAACACCAUUAGAAAUAUGUACGUUACACAAAAUUUUGAGCUCUACCAUAGAACCAAUUGUAAGAGGUGAUGAGCAUUUAACAUGUGAUGGGCAUAAGUACGAUUUUCCAGCCAAUAGAAUUGUUGAAAAUGAAAGCACAAGAUCCACAGUUAUUUCAUAUCAAAUAUCAAGAUGUCCAAUUGAAAGUGGUACAAUACGGACAAGAAAUUUUGGUACUAUUUCUCCGGGAAUUCUUAUAGCAUCAAUUGCAGCUGGUUUACAGCCACAAGCUGUACAACUUAAGGAACUUUUCCCAUAUCUUCAACGGCUUCAUAAGGAAAAUAAUAAUUUUGAUGAAGCUCGUGAUUACAAUGAUGAUAAUAUGGAUUAUAGCACAGUUUAUGGAAAUCAAAUAUCAAAGCACAAUUAUAAGAUAUCACUCUUAAGUACAAUGAAUGAUCGUAUUAAUAAUACUUUUGCAUCUAAUUUAGCUGGAGAUUUAGCUGAAGUUUGCAUCUUUCAAAGCCCUUAUUAUAAUACUAAUGUUCACGUAGGUACCCCGGGUAAUUGGAACAGUUUUGAGUAUCCAACUUCUUAUUAUAUUAAGGAUAGUAAUAAUCUUAAUUGGUUUAUGACUGAUAGUGAAAUAUUAACAUCAAUUGAUGGCUAUUAUAUAUCUAAUAAUAUUCAUAGUUGGAUAUCAAGUUUAUCGUUAUUACGGUUAUCACAAGUUAUAGAAUUAUAUUAUAGUAAAAAAGGUAUACCAAAUUUUAAAAUCGAUAACUUAAAAAGGAAACUUUACACACGAAAUGAGGAAAUUAGUAAUGAUGGUGGAAUAUUCUUCAAAUCUUUUAAUGAUAUAGAUUCAGAUGUUAAUAGCGCUUGCAAACGUAGAGAUAUUUUGAAAAAUAUUGAAAGACAAAAACUGAAAUAUGAGACUUAUUUGUUCGCCAAAUUAAUGCAAUAUACUGCUAAAACACCUUUGGUUGAAGAUGAAACUUUAAAAAUAGCUUGUGAUAAUGCCGUUGAUAAAUUUUUUGAAAGAGCUUCUUUUUUAAUAGAAAAUUUUGGAUGUAAAGGUUAUAGUCGAGCUAUGGCUGACAUUACAUUAAUUCUUGAUGGAUCUAGAAAUCAAUCGGAAAAUUUUAAAUUAAUAUCGUACAUUAGCGAGAUUUCGGACGUAACACCAUUAUCAACAAAAAUUUCAGUAAUAAAUGGAAUGACUGGACAGUAUAUGAUAAAAUCAACUAAAAGUAUUAUAAAUGGUUUUCAACAACUGAAACAAUUUAAUGGAAGACCCCCUCAAGGUUUAUCUUUAACGAAGAGUCUAUCGACUAUUAUAUUUUCACUUGAAAACUCUACAAAUUCAGAAAGCUCUGAAAUUGUUGGAUUAUCUCCGGUUAUUAUAAUAUUUUCACAAAGCCAAAGAAUUUUUGAUAACGACUUUGAUGAUGCUAAAAGGCUAAUAGAAGGAUCUUUUAAAUACAACCAGAAUAUAUAUUUUCUUUUUGUAACGGAUGAUGCUGCGCGAUUUGAGGAUUUGGUAGCAAGCGAAAAGGCGAAUCCGUUAAAUUCAAAAGACAAAUUUACGGUUAUUAAAACUGAAAACCUGGAUGUCAAAGCAGUAUCAACGGAACUAUUAAGAAAAAUCCGAUUUAUACCUAAGUGGUUAAGGCCAUUAUCUUGUGAUUUUUCUCAAUAUGAAGAUUAUAUUGGUACAGAAUUUAAAAAUUUUUAUCGCAUAAAUUCGUAUGAAAUGCUGCACAAUCGUCAUAUAUUGGUACAAUUUCAAGUUGCUGACCUUUAUGGGGUAAUUACUGUGUGUAAAAACGUUGAUAAUCAGCCUUCGGAGUGUAUUACCUCUAAAAAUUCACAGUCCGGUGAAAUAUUAUUUGAAAUUAACGAUUCAUGUGUGGAUGACAAUAACUGUCCAGCUGUUAAUUUUGUUGUAGAACUAGACACAACAAAUAUAAGAUGCACUGAGCUCACAUGUCGUUCUCCGGAUGAAAUACGAUAUCAUGUUGGUGUAAAACGCUUGGGCUGUAAUACAGCUUCAUUAGUUAAACCAUACCAUUUUUAUAUUUUAUUAUUCAUAUUUUUCAUUCAUUUACAAAAAUAAUUUUUAUUUAAAAAACCAAAGUUAGUAUAUUUAAGUACAUAUGUAGGUAUUUUCUUACCUUGUUUAACAAUAUGAAAAAAAAAUGCUUGAAAACUACUGUGAUUGCCAUAUAGUUACUAUGUAAAAAAUGUAAUUUAUGUAAAUAUAAUUUUUUACCAAAUAAAAAAUACAGUCUGUCAAACCGAUGGUUUGAAAAUAGUCCUUUUCACUUUAGUUAAUUAGGGUACAAAAUAUCACAAAAUGUUCUUUUGAAAUGGAUUUAUCAUGCAGAUCCAUCAAUCGA